AGACUGGCCGCGGCCGCGGCGCGGGGGACGCUGGGAAACUCCCGUCGUCGGCCACCAUCUUGCUCGCCUUUCAGCCGGUGACCGUGGGUCAGAGGAGUUUGGGGCCAUGAAGCUGCUAAGCGGAGCCGGGUCCUUCGCGAGAUUUUAUUCCCUCAAAGUUGCUCCCAAAGUGAAAGCCACGGCUGCCCCUGCAGGAGCGCCUGUGCAUCCUCAGGACCUCGAGUUUACCAAACUGCCAAAUGGUUUAGUGAUUGCGUCUCUGGAAAACUAUGCUCCUGCAUCAAGAAUUGGUUUGUUCGUUAAAGCUGGCAGUAGGUACGAGGACUCGAACAACUUAGGAACCUCUCAUUUGCUUCGUCUUGCGUCUAGUCUGACUACAAAAGGAGCAUCAUCUUUCAAGAUAACCCGUGGAAUUGAAGCAGUCGGUGGUAAAUUAAGUGUGCGGGUCUAUGGUAAGGGGCAUGGAGCAGCCAUCAGCAACAUGCAUCUCCAGAAUGGGGACGUGUUCGCCUUCCCAGCUCCUGCCAGCCACCUCUCUGUGUUCAGUCUGUUUUCACUACCGAGUGUGACUUCAACAAGGGAAAACAUGGCCUACACUGCGGAAUGCCUGCGGGAUGACAUCGAGAUUCUGAUGGAGUUCCUGCUCAAUGUCACCACAGCACCUGAAUUUCGCCGUUGGGAGGUGGCUGCCCUUCAGUCUCAGCUGAGGAUUGACAAAGCUGUGGCUCUUCAGAACCCACAGGCUCAUAUCAUUGAAAAUCUGCAUGCUGCAGCUUACCGAAAUGCCUUGGCUAAUUCCUUGUAUUGUCCUGAUUAUAGGAUUGGAAAAGUGACACCAGAUGAGUUACAUCACUAUGUUCAGAACCAUUUUACAAGUGCAAGAAUGGCUUUGGUUGGACUUGGUGUCAGUCAUGCUGUUCUGAAGCAAGUUGCUGAACGGUUUCUGAACAUGAGGGGUGGGCUUGGUCUAUCAGGUGCAAAGGCCAGAUACCGUGGAGGUGAAAUUCGGGAACAGAAUGGAGACAGUCUUGUUCAUGCUGCCUUUGUAGCAGAGAGUGCUGCCACAGGAAGUGCAGAAGCAAAUGCAUUUAGUGUUCUCCAGCAUGUCCUCGGCGCCGGACCACAUGUCAAGCGGGGCAGCAACGCCACCAGCUCUCUGUACCAAGCUGUUGCCAAGGGGAUGCACCAACCAUUUGACGUUUCUGCUUUUAAUGCCAGUUACUCGGAUUCUGGACUCUUUGGGAUUUAUACUAUCUCGCAGGCUGCAGCUGCUGGAGAUGUUAUCAAGGCUGCCUACAACCAAGUCAAAGCAAUUGCUCAAGGAAACCUUUCCAGCACAGAUGUCCAAGCUGCCAAGAACAAGCUGAAAGCUGGGUACCUAAUGUCAGUGGAGUCUUCUGAAGGUUUCCUGGAUGAAGUCGGGUCUCAGGCUCUCGUUGCUGGCUCCUACGUGCCACCACCCACAGUCCUUCAGCAGAUUGACUCCGUAUCGGACGCUGAUGUCAUAAAUGCUGCAAAGAAGUUUGUUUCUGGCCAGAAGUCAAUGGCAGCGAGUGGAAAUUUGGGACAUACACCUUUUGUUGAUGAGCUGUGAACCGGAAGCACAUUGUAGGAAAGAGCGGGACAUUUUCUCAACCGAGGGCAGCAAACACAUGGAAGUUCCACGUCUGUAAUGUAACAUUUGUCUUGGUUUUCAAUGAGGUGAACUAUCUUAAAAAGUAUAAAUGCAAGAAAUUGUUCCUUACUUACCUAAAGUCAAUAAAAUAUUCUAAGUGUUUCUUGGCAUUUUUCCUAA